GGCUUCGCAAACCUCGCCCUGUGUUUGCCCUGCUGCUUCCCUUCUCAUCACACACAUCCCGCAGGUCAGAGGGCCAGUGCAGUGGCAACUAGGCUAGCAGCAGGCGGCAGGCAGCAUGGACGUCGACCGGCCGCGCGGCGGGGCCCGCAAGCAGAAGGGCCGCGGCUUCCGGGAGCCGAUGGAGCUUGAGGACCGGCUGCAGGGCGGCCAGUUUGAGGCGCUGCCCUCGGACAAGGCCGGGCCCGGCCCCGCGAAAUCCGUGGAGGGCUGGGUGGUGCUGGUGACUGGGGUGCACGAGGAGGCGCAAGAGGAGGACGUGCACGACGCCUUUGCAGAGUUUGGCGACGUGAAGAACAUCUACAUGAACCUGGACCGCCGCACCGGCUUUGUCAAGGGCUACGCGCUCGUCGAGUACGGCACCAAGCAGGAGGCGCAGGCUGCCAUUGAGGAGAUGGAGGGCAAGGAGCUGCUCACGCAGAUUGUGCACGUGACGUGGGCGUUCAGCAGCGGCCCCAUCCGCCGCGCACGGCGAUGAGCGGGCGCGGCAGGCUGCAUGCCAGCAUGGGAGCAAGCGUUGGCGCAUGCCAUUGCAAAUUCUCACUCCAUGCCCGUCCGCUGCCAACUCCUGCUCCUUCUCCGUCACUCCAUCCAUCCUGAUGACUCGCUCUGUUGUAACCAUCCAUACAGA